UGACAUCGGAAGCAUAUCCUUCAAAAAUUGUGUGAGUGUGGUCAGUAGCAGGCUCAACUUUGUAACGAAACGUGGUCAAAUGAUGAUGGCGGAAAUUGUGGAUGUUAGGGAUGUUAAAACGUAUAAACCUCGUUACCUUCACUUGGUCGUGGCUUCAAAUAAUUAUAUCGGUUCGACAAAGCAAAUAUUUUUAGUUGAGAAUGAGAAAACUCGAGGAGGAGCACAUUCAUGUAUUCAUAAAAUGAAGAUAUGUCUACGCUAUCUCGGUGACCCUGGAUAUCAACAAGGUAUUGGUCAGGAACUUGGUGUUAGUCAAGCAAUGGUAUCUCAGCCUGUGGAUAGAGUUGUGAACAGCAUAGUUGCACAGUCGAACGAAUGGAUCAAGUUUCCAUGAACUGAUGGAGGCCAAGCGGAU